AUGUCGUCCCUCCUCCACAUCCACCCCCAACCGACCCUCCUCUCCGCCCUCCGCUCUCUCACCCUCUCCAGCAAAUGCACCCAUCUCACACCCUCCUCUUCCUCCACUACCAGCACACGAGCAUUUUCCAGCACACCGGAUCUCCUCGCCCGCAAAGACGACAAGAAGAACAAGACGGACCCACGGAUAACGCUCAUCAGAUACCACAUGCAGCAUCCUGAGACGCCGCGGCCGCUGAAGUUGAGUCGGAUGCGCGCGCUGAGGCAUUGGACGAUUCAUCGGGCGUGGAUGAUUGAGAGGCGGAAUAAGAGGGAGAGGGAGCAGAGGGAGUUGAUGAGGAUGUAUCAAUCUAUCCACUCUGCCUGCGAAGAACUGCGGACUAUGGACCCGCCUGGAUCUAAAGACUCGGGUAGGUUAUACCGGAUCGCGAUGGAGAAGAAGGGGAUCUUUGGGAAGGGAGGGGUGCCGAUUGAGUAUGCGAGGUUUCAGACGGAUACGCCGGGGAAGGAGGCUUGGAAUCAUGGGUGGACGAGGUAG